CAGACGUCCAGGCUUGUACUGUCAUUACAUUGUAACAACUCCCUCCCCCAGUAUCACAUCAGUGAGCUUGCUGUAAAAACGACAGCCUUACAUUAUGCCGGGAAGGGAUGGGCCUGAAGUUUAAACAGGUUUUGCUCUGCUCCUACAUUCAAGGCGGUUUCAUAUGACAAGUCAUUUGCAUGUUACAACAGGUAACACACCUGUCUGCCAAGGGCUCUAUUCAUGAGGGCUAGCCAAACCCAAACACAUUACUCUCAUAUCUCCACCAGGACUGUGACACAUUCAACUGCUUUGAAUCACACAAGCUUCUACCUGCCGGCCCUUUCACUGCUUCCAUUUCAUGGUUUUUGGUCUAGUCUUUCAAAAUGUCUGCAAUGGUGGAUACACUAUCAUUGCUUUCAUCUUUACAUGAUGAAGGCAGAAAUGAAAGCUUUAUAGAGCCUCACUACAAAGAAUGGUACCGAGUGGCUAUUGAUGCUCUUAUUAAUGGUGGUAUUUCUUCAUAUCAAGAAUUUCUUGCCAAGGAAAGAGCUACAGAAUUCCUUGCGGAAGAUGAACUGAAUUAUAUCACAAAACAUAUUCAAAAGCCAGUGGACAAUGAGGACAAUUCACAAGGAGAAUCAACAGAUGAUAAUUCAUCUUCUGGAACUUACUGGCCUAUGGAGUCAGAUGUAGAAGCACCAAAUCUUGACCUUGGCUGGCCAUAUGUGGCGCCAGGACAAAUAGGAGUUACAGAUGUAAACCUUUAUUUUCAUCCACCAAGAGGACAUCUACUCACAAUCAAAGAAAUGAUCAGAAAGAAUAUCAAGGAAGCUAGAAAGGUGAUCGCCAUCGUCAUGGAUAUGUUUACUGAUAUUGAUAUAUUUAAAGAACUCGUGGAGGCCUCAACUAGAGGAGUUCCAGUCUAUCUACUUCUCGAUGAUGUGAACUUUUCAAACUUUUUGACGAUGACGGAGAAGCAGGGGUUACAAAUACAACGACUCAGGAACAUGAGAGUUCGAACAGUCAAAGGACAAGAAUAUUUUUCUAAGUCAGGAGCAAAGUUCUGCGGAAAAAUGGAACAGAAGUUUCUGCUAGUUGACUGUGAAAAAGUUAUGUAUGGCACUUACAGCUUCAUGUGGUCAUAUGAAAAAGUUCACCUAAGUAUGAUGCAAGUGAUCACUGGAAAACUAGUAGAAAGUUUUGAUGAGGAAUUCCGAACACUUUAUGCUCGCUCCACUGUCCCUGCAGUAUUUGGACCAGAAGUGUCUGUAACAGGAAAGCACAAAAAAAUUCCAUGGGAAAAUGGAUCAUACCAAAACUCCUUAUCUUCUUUACUUUCUGCUUCAAGCCAAAGAAGCAUCUUUGGAAGAAAAGAACAAACAAGCAUAUUAGAUUCAUCUUAUUUGAAAGCAAGGAAUAGAUUUGCCAACAAUGAAGAAGAAAAAUAUAAUUCCAGAAAUUUGUCUUAUAGAGGAUUCAAUGUUCAAAACAAAAUUAAUCAAUUCCAGCAGUUUGACCGCAAUGACAACUGGAAACGACAUAGUUAUGCUGCAGGUGAAAAAACAGAUGUGUCUCCUUAUUUAAUGCUUAAUCGAGCUUCAAACAGCCGGAUUAAUAAUCCACCAGUGCUCUGGAAUAGACAGAUAGAUGCUAUGAGUCUAGGGUCAUCAUCCAGGGGUGGGUACUCAAGUCACUAUAAUGGAUCUACAACUCAAAGCUUUGCUCAUCGUUUGUCACAUAGGUUAGGACCAAAUCUUUCUGAAAGAAAUUCAAGUGUACGAAGAUCUUUUCAUGGAACAGACAAUCAAGUGCGUUCGGUACAGCAGAGGAUGCCUACUUUGGAGCACACUACUAAGUCGUUUCUUCGAAACUGGAGAAUAGAGUCAUACUUAAAUGAUCACUGUGAUGUAGCUCCAGAAUCAAUAGAAACAGAGUUAAGCAGAGGAGAUGUCAAUGAGGGAGCUAAUAAUCCAAUGGAAUAUUCACUGUACAGCCAGUCUAGGCUCCGGACAUCAAUUCUGUACAAGCCAACAUUGCCAGAACAAAAGGAAGCCAGAAGCUGUACGACAAACUCUUCUCAUUCAAAUUCAACCAUUGUUGAUUCUCAAGGAAGCCAAACUCCAAAGUCUUCACCAUUAAACGUUAGAGUUUCAGAGUCAAAAGAAGUCAAAAACUUUCCAAGCUAUGAUCCACAACACUCUUCUCAUCAUCACGAUGUGUUGAAAAGGCACAGUCUGCAGGUUCCAAACAACUCAAAACUUGUAAACCAUGGUUUAAGUUACAAUACGAACCCUGGGCCAUCAAGUUACCUCUAUACAUCACUUUCUACCAAAAAACAGCCAGACAGUAUUAGGAAACAAAAUGACAACAUUCUAAAAAGGCGCAGCUUGCCUCUCUUUGAAAGUCGAAAGGUAAACGUGAUUCAUGGUAACAAUGUUAUUCCACCAAAUUAUAUUUAUACGUCACUAGUUAAAAGACAGCCAGAAAACUCUGUACGUGUAAACUCUUCAGAUUUCCAAAGCACUGAAAAACUAAGAAAUAGCACAAGAAAUGAAAAUGAACCUGUAAGCAGUGAUACUAUGCAGCCUGUUAAGGAAUCACUCUCCACAGAAACUUUAGAUGAAGAUGAAGGUAAAGACUCCCCAGGUAAGAAAGAAAAUAAAGGUUCUCCCAGCUUCCUUAAAAAAGGUUCAAAGAAACUGAAAUCAUUGCUCAAUCUAGCACCAGACAAAAAGGAGAAUCUAUCUAAAAACAAAGCACCUGCCUUCUAUAGAAUGUGCAGCAGUUCUGAUACAUUGAUCUCUGAAGAUGAUUCGGAACAAUGUCCAAAAAAAUCUGACUCAAAAAAUGAUUCCCCUGCUCGUAAGGAGAAGACACUAUCCAUGUCCCAAAUAAGUCUAAAUAGAAGUAAAGAUAAUGUUACUUUAGGAUCUAGUAGAUCAAACAUAUUUCUUUCAGAGGAAGGCAAACCUAAUCGAUCACCUACUAUUAGUAGUGUUGAAAAUAAAUUUAUUGAAAACACAGGUGAUGCCUCAGCACCUCGAUUUAAUACAGAACAAAUCCAAUUUCAAGACACAAGAGCACAAGUACAAAGUAAUCCAUAUGGUAGAAUUGCAAUGCAGAGAGACAUCUCCUUAAGACAUCCAAAGGAUGGAAUUCAGAGAGUACUGUCUCAGAGAGAGAUACACCAUAGUAAUAUUCCCCAUAUCAUGCAGAGAGAGAUGCAUUUAAGACACUCACACAGAGAUCUGCACCACAAAGACCUGCUACGUAGGGAUAUGACUAUGGUACAGCCUAUGCCAGAAGUUCAAAAGCCUCAGGAGGAUUCCAGCAUCCCUCGCCCAAAUGACAGAAGGGUUUAUAGUCGUUUUGAGCAGUUUUGUAAGUUAGAAAACAAUACACCCUCUUCUAAUACAUCAAGUAUCAAUGCACCUGUUUUAGACUAUAAAAGUAAGGGAAUUGCACCCAGUUAUUCAAGACAACCAAGUUUCAACUCAAAUGUUUAUAACUCUGUCCAACAAAAUGAAAAUAAAUUUGGCCGUUUUAUGCAAAAAUUUGGAAGCUUCAUUCACAAGAAACAAUAAAGAAUAAUGACUUAAAAAAACAAAAACACAUCAUUGUAAAUAGGGUUUUGUUUACUAGCUCAUUGGUUCAAUAGGAUUGUUUAUCUAUCCAUUUUGUAAAAUAUGCAUUUUGUAAUAAAACU